CCCCCAUCAUCCUUACCCCACGGAGCAGCCUUGUCGACAUGGCCGUUAUUCCUAUCGCCGGCGCCGUCCUGGCGCUGCUGGGCGUCGUCUUCCAGUUCGCGCUGCUGCCGCGCCUCACCGUCUUUGGCGUGCUCAGCCGCUCGCUCGAGAACAAGAGCAAUGGCCGCUGCGAGAUCAUCCCUCAGCUCCAGGGCUGCGAGGACAUGUGGCUGCACCAGGACACCGGCUACCUCUACGCCGCCUGCUCCGACCCGCUCACGUCGCGCAUGUCGUGGCUGCCCUGCCAAGACCGCCUUGACUGGAACAAGUAUCCGGCGACGACCGACUACAUCGCCGUCGUGGACACGCGGGGCAGCGGGCCGUGGUCCGAGCGCAUCCGCAAGGUGACGCCCAAGAACUUCCCCGGCGUGCAGGUCAACGGCCAGCCGAUCUACAACCUGCACGGCAUCUCGGUGCACGUCGCCGACUCGGUGCUGCCGGGCAGCAAGCCGACGCUCAAGUUCUUCAUCGUCAACCACCGCCCGCCGGUGGAUGCACAGGGCCGCAUCGACGCCGCCGCUGCCCUCAAGUCCGGCGCCAACUCGACCGUCGAGCUCUUCACCACCACCGUCGGCAGCGACGAGUUCGAGUACGAGCACACGUUCGCGCACCCGGAGAUCCGCACGCCCAACUCGCUUGCUGCGACCGGCAAGGACUCGUUCAUCUUUACGAAUGACCACGGCGCCAAGGUGGGCCACGGCCGCGCCCUCGACCUGCUUCUUGCGCGCUCCAAUGCCGGCUACUGCGACAAGAAGGGAUGCAAGAACGCAUUGAGCCCCCUGCCGUUCCCGAACGGCAUCACGAACGGUGCCAAGGACAAGGAGUACUGGAUCGCAUCCACCUCGGACGGCAAGCUUCGCCAGGUUGAGCUGCAGGCCGAUGGCUCGCUCGUUCUUCUGGACGAGGUUGCGACCGGCUACCCGAUGGACAACCUGCGCACCGACAGCAACGGCCACGUCUGGGCGGCCAGCUUCCCGAAGCUACUCAAGCUUCUGCCGCACUUCGAGGACCCCGUCAACACGCACUCGCCCGCGCACGCCAUGCGCCUGCGCCUCAACGAGGGCAAGGACGCCUUCUUCGGCCAGAAGUACUCCGUCGACCACGUCUUCGAGGACGAUGGAAAGAUCGCCUCCGGCAUCACCGUCGUCGUUCACGACACGGACAAGCGCAAGCUGUUCAUGGGCGGCGUGCAGACGCCGUACUCGCUCGUGUGCGAUAUCUAGGCUCCGCGCGCCUCUUGCACAGGGUCACUCCAGAUGGCGCGAUGAUGCAUGCUCGCAUUGCUCGCUCUCGCCGUACGCCCUCACUUCUUCUCCCGCAAGGACCGCUUGAACUUGUUGAGCCUGU